AUUUUAUAAAAGCGAAUGGUGAAGAGAUAACCAGAAUCACAAAAAAAACAUUUAAAAGUGUCUUUACCAAUAAUGGGCUUGAUAGUGCACGAUAGCUCUGAUAUGAACAAAUCUUGCUUGUGUAGCUUUGAUGUUCUUACAUCAGAUGGUUCUCUUCAUGAAGUUGAGAUCAGUCAGGAUCCAAGUGCGUCUGUUUUCUUUGCACACACAUCAAAUAACAACUCAACUUUAAAGGAGUUCCUGGAGAAUAUCUUCUUCUUGAAUUACCAUCCGGAAACUUCUUUGCUUACAAUAGUUGGUGGUGCUGUUAGUGCUCCAGUGACCUCUAGUGGUAACACUGGUACCCUUUUUCACUUUAUUCAUUUUUGUUUUCUUUCUCUAGCAUGACUUUACAACAAUCUUCUUUUUUGGAAGUCUUGAACUUGGAUGGACCACUAUCUUACUGAAAUC